AUGUUGGCACGAGUUCCUCACUACGGUGGUAUCACGCUGCGCGCAUGCACCGAGUCGAGCACUACUUACCGUGCCAUCAGCUAUGUAUGGAAUACACGGCACGAUUCAUUGCACAAGCCCAUUCGAUGCGUUGUUUCUAUUCGCUUGAGCAGUUCUACGCAAUACUUGACCACACUUGGAAAGUCGGGUGAAAACCUCGAGUUCUUCUUGGAUAUGCUCGCUUUACUCUAUAUUCGCGAUCGGGUCAAUACAGCCCAAGGUCCCGUCAACAUCGCCGGACAAAACACUUCCCGAGGAUCUUACAACACCAGCAGGGGAAACAGGAACGACCCUACCAUCUCUGGAGGGUAG